GCAACGUCAUUAGCAUUACUUACGCGGCCAAUACCAAACGGAGACAGCCACUGCACAAACCAAAGUUUCGUCAACUCAGCCGCCCGAGCAAGCCGCCGCUUUCCUUCCAAUAAUAUAUACUACUCUUUUUCACACGUUCACUAGUUGCUGAAUCAUGGGAAAGAAGGAUAAGGGCGACAAGAAGGGCGAGGCGGCCGAGACCAAGUCGGCGGCCGCUGGUGGGGAGAUGUCGGUGGGCGAGGCGCAACAGCGGACAGACUUUCUUAUCCAGCCAGAGAAGACUGUACCCAAGCUGGACACCAGCAAGUGGCCCCUACUGCUGAAGAACUAUGACAAGCUCAAUGUCCGCACCGGCCACUACACGCCCAUUCCUGCGGGCUCCACGCCGCUUAAGCGCCCUCUGAAGGAGUACCUGUCUUACGGUUGCAUUAACCUGGACAAGCCGGCGAACCCCAGCUCUCACGAGGUGGUGGCAUGGGUCAAGCGCAUGCUGCGCGUCGAGAAGACGGGCCACAGCGGCACCCUGGAUCCCAAGGUGACGGGCAACCUCAUCGUCUGUAUCGACCGCGCCACGCGCCUGGUGAAGGCGCAGCAGGCGGCGGGUAAGGAGUACGUGUGCAUCGCGCGCUUCCACGGCAAGGUGGAGGGCGGCACCGCCGCAGUCAACAAGGCGCUGGAGACGCUGACCGGCGCGCUCUUCCAGCGCCCUCCGCUCAUCUCGGCCGUGAAGCGCCAGCUGCGCGUGCGCACCAUCUACCAGGCCAAGCUGUACGAGUACGACGAGGAGCGCCACCUGGCCGUGUUCUGGAUCAGCUGCGAGGCGGGCACCUACGUGCGCACGCUGUGCGUGCACCUGGGCCUGCUGCUGGGCGUGGGCGGCCACAUGCAGGAGCUGCGCCGCGUGCGCUCCGGCAUCAUGGGCGAGGCGCCCUCCAACAACAUGGUCACCAUGCACGACGUGCUGGACGCGCAGUGGCUGUACGACAACUUCAAGGACGAGUCCUACCUGCGCCGCGCCGUGAUGCCGCUGGAGGUGCUGCUCACCAGCUUUAAGCGCCUGGUGGUCAAGGACUCGGCGGUCAACGCCAUCUGCUACGGCGCCAAGCUCAUGAUCCCGGGCCUGCUGCGCUUCGAGAGCGGCGUGGAGGUGGACGACGAGGUGGUGCUCAUGACCACCAAGGGCGAGGCGGUGGCGGUGGGCAUUGCGCAGAUGACCACGGGCGUCAUGGCCACGGUGGACCACGGCUGCGUGGCCAAGAUCAAGCGUGUCAUCAUGGAGCGCGACACCUACCCGCGCCGCUGGGGGCUGGGGCCGUACGCGCAGAUCAAGAAGAAGCUCAUCACCGAGGGCAAGCUGGACAAGCACGGGCGGCCCAACGAGAACACGCCCAAGGAGUACCUGCGCUCGCUGCCCGACUUCGUCGCCAACGGCGGCGCGUCGGCGGCCGCCGCCGCCCCGGCUGCGGCCACGCCGGUGGAGAUUAAGGAGGAGGGGAAAAAGGAGAAGAAGGAGAAGAAGGACAAGAGCGGGGACGUGGACAUGGCUGAGGCGGACGUGAAGAAGGAGGAGAAGGAGAAGAAGAAGAAGGAGAAGAAGGAGAAGAAGCGCGCCGCCUCGGAGUCUCCGGAGGUUAGCGAGGAGACGAAGCCGGAGAAGAAGAAGGACAAGAAGGAGAAGAAGGACAAGAAGGAGAAGAAGAAGAAGGAGAAGAAGGAUUCGGACUCGGACUAAGCAGCUGGCGUCAGCAGCAACGGGCGCGGCGGCGGAUAGGCUAGCAGCGGCACAUGCAUCACCAUAUCAUGGCGAGCCGCAGCUGCAGGCGGCUAUGUCUUGCAGCGCGUUCUUGGCCCGCGGGCUGCAUGUGUGCAGCUUGCUGCCGUAGACACUGGCCGAGGCCGUGCCGAGCUUCUUCGCCCAGUUUGCAUGUGUUUGGGGCGAGUUGGAGCCGGCCGGUUGCGGUUGGUGCUGUAUAGUAGACGGCCUUCAGGCGAAGGCUCUAGGACCCGGAUCAAACUGUGCUCUGCUUCUCUAAUGUGGGAAGGCGGCGCGCGAUACGCAGGUGGCCACGCGGCCUUCUAGGUCAGGCGGGCCGGGGCGAGUGGUGCAGCGGUGUCGCUGGCAAGGGGUUAUUAGAUUGGGUAGCUGGACGCUCUCUGACACAGACAGGCUCACAAUCGGACAUCAUCCUCGUGACGUGACGACUCCUUGACGAAAGUAGGCAUGUGAGGUACUUCACCGGGACUCCUAGACGAAAGCAGGUUGACAGGCACCACCAGCUGACGCAGAUGUGGCAAGUGCUGUCCACGUGCGCAGUACUGAGUGUGUUGUUUGGACAUGGGUGGUGGGGGCUAGCGCAGACAGUGCAUGAGUGCACGUUGCUCGGGCGACGCUGAUGACAUCGACAGUUGAUGCCGGUUGCUAAGUAGGCAUUAUGGCAAGGUAGGCGGUCGGGGAGCAGGAGGUGCUGCGGCGUGCGCAUAGCGCGUCGUGAGCACUGCGGCAGCGGCCGGAUAUAGAGGCGCUUGAGCACAAGUGCGGUGGAGUUGAAUGUGCUUCCGGGAUUGGGCCUUACGCGGGUCCGGCUCGGGGUUUCCGAACCACCUAGCAAGGCCAGAUCGCUCAUGCGCUAACAGGCUAUGCUGCUGUAACAUGUGCAGUGC